ACUUCGCCAUGGGAGCAGUAGAAAAGAAGAGCUCGGGAAGCAGAGCGAAGAGAAUUCAUGGCGAUCUCUUCCUCUAAAUCGAUCGACCAGGCCCUAGCGAGCAACCAUGAUACCCUCCGGCUCGGUCUCGAUGGCGUCAAGGGUGGCAUCGUCGGCGCCCAUCCUCUCGAAUCCCUUCGUGAAUCCGAGAGGAGAUUUUGGGAGGAGAAGAAGCGGAUGGGGUGCGAUCUCUGCUAUGGUUCGGCUUUCAAUCUCAGAAAGGAUCUCGACCGGCAAAUCUUUGCCAGAUUUAAGAGGCCUCCUGGAGCUAUUCCAUCCUCCAUGCUAGGUCUGGAGGCACUCACUGGCAGCUUGGAUGAUUUUGGUUUUGAAGACUACCUUAAUGUGCCCCAAGACUCGGAGGUUUUCCGACCAGCGGACAUGCAUCAUGGAAUGGAGGUACACCUUGGUCUAUCCAAGGGACCUGUUUGCCCCAACAUCAACUAGCUUCACACAGGCUUAUAUUUUACUUAAUUCUCUACACUACUUUGUAGUUCCUGGACCCUCAGAAUCAUCCAGUGUUCUUUAAUUUGUGCUCAUGUUCCAAACAUUUGUUCGUUGUCUGUUAUUUUGAAUAUAAAUGCAAAAUUUCACGGUUUAUGUGAUGAACA